AUGCGUACCAUGGACGACGGAACAAAUGUUUCGCGAUGCUCAGGAGGGCGUGGCCGUGGUGAAGCAGAUGCUGGAGAUGGAGGCAUGGCAGAGGGUGCCAGUCCCGCUAAAGGCGGAUGAGGGUGGCGUAGGAGGGCUCAUCGACACCAACGCGCAGAGGUUUUGCAGCCCGCACCGGGUCUACCGCGGCAUCCGCAAGCCGUACCUGCACCUGAUGCACGACGUCAUGGCCCUCGAAGAGGAGCAAGAAAUUUCUCCGGAACAAUCUCCGGAACGCUCUCUGGAAGGCUCUCCUUCUUCCGCGACAAAGCCGACACUCGACCCAUCAUCAACACCUCCAGCAAGACCGCCACCCCCCCCGGCUCAACUGCAACAGCAACA